CGACCCGGAGUUGCCGACUUUCCCUCUCUCUGCAGGGCUUCCGAAACUGACUCCGUCUCCUGCGGGCUUCGUGCCCUGCCGUUUGGGGAUUGGUCGGUGGGGUUUGGAAACGCCGCCUCCUCCUCCCCACAGCCCUGCUUUAUGCCCGCGGCAGGCAGAGGGAAAAGGGGAGCGAGUUUCGGCUCAGUCGGCUGCCCCGUUGCGGAGACUCAGGGCACAAGCGGGGCAAAGAGCCCUGAAAGUCCCCUUUCUUCUCUUAAAGUCGCUGCUCCUCGGAGGGAAAACCCACAUGCAAACUUCCAAGACAAGCCAAGCAAGGCGGGGGAUUGCCAUUCCCACGAAAAAGCAUGUCUUAUGGCAGGGAUCCAGGAUCAAGGCAUCUGACCUGAGUUUCCCAUUCUGGCUCUUGUGACCUGCUGCCCCAUCUGUUAGCCAGCUCCCACACUGGUAAGAGGUAAAACAAGAGACAGGAAAGAAAGAGAGAGAGAGAGAGAGAGAGAGAGGAACAGGCGGAAGAAGAGUCCGUGGGAUUAACAUUAAUCCUCCAGCUUUGCUCACUUCCAGCCAGACAAGAACAGCUACCGGUUUAGCAACAGACUCCUUGGUCACUCCUUUAACCUCUACACAGGAGGGAGACUGGGAUUCCCAUCUACACUCAUCCUUUCUGCUUCUCUGGGAGGCCAGACAGGGCAGGAAACAAAUCGGCUUGGUGGCUUCAUGAAAGCUGAAGAGAGAAACUACCAAGGAGCUAAGUCCCACCCUCUGCAGGAAACCCAGAGGUUGCUUGACAGGUCAGUCUUGAUCCUUUUAGUAGCCCAGAAGAUAAGGGGCUGAAAAGAAGGACCAUCAAUGGGGUGUUCCAGGAGCACCUCUACUCACUGACCUAUAUACACAGGGAGACAAAACCGGAGUGGAGGCUCCCUUUUCAGAAGGACACUUUGUGGAAUUUCAAAGACAAGGGUUUCUACAAAGAAGCCAGGAGAUGAGUCUUGGGAAGCUACCCGUGAUAGGAUGGGUGUCGGGUUCCCACAACAAGCGCCGCCUCAAAACAGAGCUGACGCCAGACAUGAUCAGCCCCCCUCUGGGGGACUUCCGCCACACCAUGCAUGUGGGCCGUGGCGGGGAUGCCUUUGGGGACACUUCCUUCCUGAGGAACCAUGGUGGUGAGGAUGCCAAACCCAACAACUUCUUUGCCCGGACGCUGCGACAUGUGCGGAGGAGCCCACUAAGGAACCGGAGUAGCCGAAAUAAGGAUGAGGACUCUCCAAUGCCUCCGGCCAUCUCACCCAUCAUCAAGAAUGCUGUGUCGUUGCCACAGCUCAAUGAGGGGGCCUACCAGAACGAUGGGCUUGGGGUAAAGUUUGCCUUCAAGAGCACACCCAACAGCUUUUCUGACUAUGGAUUGGAAUCUGGAUUCUGCACCAUCCCGCGUGUCCCUCGCUCAGAGAAGAGUCAGGAGAGCUCCCACCUUGCCGAAUCGACACUGACACGUUCAGACUCCCUGCUGUCUUUCCGCCUCGACCUUGGACCCUCCCUCAUGAGUGAACUUCUCCAUGUCAUCAGUUCCACAGGUGUCAGCAGCCAAGCCAACAGAGAGGACGAGGAAAAACGGGGGAGUCAAACGUCAGUCAGCAGUGAUGCUAUCUCGCCUCUUCCCCUGAAAAGCACCUGGGCAGAGGACUCUGUGUCUUGGAGAUCGGGGUCGCUGCGAGCUAACUGUGAAGAAAGCAGAGCUGGAUCAAGUUUGUGGGGCCAGUCUGGAGCCAGUUCGCCAUUGGGCCAUUCAUUGUGUACCAAUGGAGAUUCUCAAUCUGUAGAGCUUUCUCAGGAAGGGUCUCCCUGUUCUAGGGGGAAGAGCUCUGAACUGGGAGCAAUGCCAAAAGAGACCCCUUGGCAAGGACGCCAGAAUGACUGCAACAUGGAAGCUAGAGAGUUCAGCAAAGCAGCACAAGUUUUAGCUUGCCAUUAUGGAGCAGGAAGCACCUAUCAGGUUGGCAGACAAAAGCAAGAAGAGCCAAGGAGCCAAGCGUCAUGGGAGAGCCCAGAUACCAACACAUGGCGCUUCAAGGGAGGGGUACCAGAGUGGCAGGAGCACAAGGCUGGAUGGCACCAGAGGGAAGAGGAGGAGGAGGAAGAAGAGGAGGAGGAGGAAUUUUAUAGACAUGGGGCAACUGUUGCUAGAGAAGGGUUUAGUGAUUCUUUUGGAUAUGUUGAUGAGGAAGAAGAAGAUGAAGUUAAGGUCUGAAAAACUAUAUGCCCUUAUGUAACUGCCCAGCACACUCCCAGGAGAUGUCAAUGUUAAAGGGAACAAUGCAGCUUGCAAACUGAAAUUCUGAUGAGUGUGUAAACUCAGAGGGUUCACCUUCUUUGAAAAUGGUCAAAAUGGCAGUAGGUGGGUGAAUGAAGAAGUUAUUUUCUCCCCUUUUCUCCCACCUUUCCCUGUUUUAAAGGUUUAAACCACCAGCUGGAAAAAAGAAACCCAAACAAAAGAGGCAUUAAGGCCCUGGAGGCCCUUUUCAAUAUAGCCAGUCCUUAAUGAGUUUACUUCCCAUUUUACCCGCACUGGUUAACUGAUAUUGCCAUUGCAGGUAGUGCCAGGGUGGGCUGCAUAUUCUCUAAAAAGCCAGAAAAACUGUCAACAUUCCCGUCAAAUAAUUCUAGGGUGGAUUUUUUAAAACAUUUUUAAGGACACAAUUGAAGUCCUGGGAGAACAGGAAAAACCAUAAACUAUGUAGGAGGAUGUGUGUUUCAGUCCGAAAGUGAAUUCAGCCAACUGCCAGUACAUAAUUUUGCCUUCAGACCAGAAGGGCUAUUAUUUCAGUCAGAUGUCCUUUCACCAAACAAUCAACAUGUCAUCUCUCCUCUGCUCAGGGUUAAGUCUGACACUGUGAAGGGACAAUGUCUGUGUAGGUGUAGUCCCUGACUCGUGGCCACAUGUAACCCUUGGAAAGAAAAACAUUGCCCAUCCUCUGUACUAAAUAGCAUUGGCCACUCAAACAAAUAUGAUGAUGUGCUAUAGGUUAUAUUUCAAAGGAAGAAACUGGCAAAACUACCUCUGAGUAUUCCUUGCCUAAGAAAAACAUGAAAUUCAUAGGCUUGCCAUAAGUCAUAAAAGCAUAGACUUAGAUACAGAGUCCUGACAGGAGGGCAGGUCCCCUCAGAUUUUCUUUCUAGUGGAGAGAGGGAAAAACUUAAUUUGAAAAUACUUCCUUAUGAAAUGUGUUCCCACUGCAACAGUGUACAAUCAGUCUGAAAAGUGAGGUGGGCCAGGUCAUCCCAUCUCUUUGAGAUGGUCAAAUUAGUGUUGUCAGGUUUCACAUGGGGGUGCUUUCAAAGAACCACUGUGGGAAACGAGCAAUGGAUCAGGUCUGAAUCACCGCAUUACACACAUUUUGAAGAGGCUUUCAGACAAAGGUGUCGCGAGGGCAGUCCUGUUCUCCUAGCACAGCAAAAACAUGAGAAUCAGGCUUCUCACCCAGCUUCCUUCCCACCACCCCCUGCUUCUGCAUAUUUUAGGAGAUACUCAUACAUAGCCUUCUUCUAACCUCCUGUCUGCAUUUUUCUGUGGUCAAAUCAUUCUGUUCUCAAGGAACUAUUUAUACAAGAAACAAAGGGAUGAAGUAGAAGCCAGACAGCCAAUUCAGAGGACAUACCAGGCAUAAGGAAGAAGUCAUGCCAUGGUUCCUAAUAUGGCUGCUAGUAAGAAUCAGAAUACAUCACAAACCAAGUUUAGAAGAGCCAUAACUCCACAUUUUGUCCAUCAUCCAUGACACAGUUACUGAAAAAUGGUUCCCUAAGUCUAUUUACUUAGUGCACUGUAUCCAGAUGAGCUGACCAAAGCAACCCCAGUGUUUUCUGGGGGCUGCAGGGAAGGUAAAAUAGGAUUCUCCUAUACUCUAUAAUAAUAAUCCUGAUCAAUUGGGAGGGCAUUAGUUCUCAUGGCUGGGAAUUAUACUAAAUGUGGAUUCUGAGAGUUUUUGUCUUUUAAAAAUGGAAUUUCCCCCAGAUCUGUAUACAUAUCUCUAGGAGCAUUUCUCUCCAAUUAUAACUUUCCAAUUAUUGCCAGCUGUGUUCACAAAAUGUAAUGAAUAAAGAACACAUUCGCCCGCCACCAACACACAGAGACACACACAUUUAUAUUGAAAGGCUCAGAAAGUGGGGAAGCCCCUGCCUAGCUUCCCUCUUCUUCCUGGUGCCUCUGCUCAUGUGGUCCAUCGGAUCACAGUGCUUCAAGUGUCCCCACAUUGGAUGCCUCUUGGCAUUGCGGUCUCUCUGGAAAGAGCCAGUUCUCCCGAAGCUCCUACAGAGAGGUUUUUGUGACAAAGCAGAGAUUGUUGGGAGGUGAGGUCACAGAGUUGCUCCUCACACAGCACUCUGAUUGUUCACAAGCUGGCAGUGGCCAGAGCACGUUAGUUGCUACCAGUGAGAUCUAUGUGACAGGAGUAGGAAGAGGAAACUACAAAAUAACAGGAGGAAUAUAAUAAAGAAGCAUUAUGGGGGAAAGCCUAGCCAUCUGCUGUCCCCUGUGUUGUGGGUUAUUAUGACUCACUGACCUCAAUUGACUUCCUGAACUGCACUUACCUUUAAAUGACACAUCUCAGAAGGCAGCAUCACGGUCACUUGAAUGCUAGGUUAAGGGUACUAAUUGAACAUGGCAUUACUUGCCAUAUUUGCAUUGAACAUUUUCUAUAGGAAGCUUUUCCCAAUCCAAGUUAGAUCACCGGGCCAUCUAAACUUGGGUAAGAAAAUGAGACAUUUCAAAUUUAGUUUUUACUUGCAAUUCAAUAAUCCUUCACCCCUGGCUGUGAUGGAGUUACAAACACAAAACAUCUAGGGCAGUGGUUUUCAACCUGUGGGUCCCCAGAUGUUUUGGCCUUCAACUCUCAGAAAUCCUAACAACUGGUAAACUGGCUGGAAUUUCUGGGAGUUGUAGGCCAAAACACCUGGGGGCCCACAGGUUGAGAACCACUGAUCUAGGGCAUUGCAGUUGCCCUUCCCAAUCUAUCCCUGCACUCGUCUAGUAGAGAUCUGGCCUUCCAGAUGUUGGACUGCAAUUCCUAUUUUCCUUUACCAUCAUUGAUUGGUGGUGCCCCAACAAGAUGCAGAGAGCCAUAUCUCCCACCUGAUGGAAACAGAGGCAAUGGCUCUCCAGGGUUUCAAAUGGAAGUAUCUUAAAAAUACUGGGUUCUCUUGCAUACAAAGUAAGAACUCUACCAUUGAACUGUGGCUCUUGGUACCAAUGGGACUUUUUUCCUCAUCAAAAUAUCUAUUUUGGACAAAUUAUUUUUCAAGAAGAUCAGCACAAGGGAAGCAGAAUACAUUUCCCUCUUUCAUGCUCCUAUAAUUGGAUAUUUGCAUUUUAACAAGUGGACCAAAUGCAAAGGCACACACACAGGCAUGUCUAGUUCAUUACCCAAAAAUUACAAAUCAAAACAAAGGUUCUCUCCCUUUCUGUGUAACCUUUCCACUUGUUACUGUUCACAUUACUGCAAUUUUAUAAAUAUAUCUCUAUAUACACUGA